AAGAAACGUUUAUCGAUACCGAAACAAAAAUGGCGUAAAUUGUUGAAUGUCAAUAGUGAAAAUGUUUUAAAAAGUAAAUAGAAAUGUUAUCGUCAAUAAUGUUUAUGUUAUUUAGUGUUAUCGUCCUUACUUUCUCCCUGAGUUCAGGGUCAGCAGAGAUGCUCCUGCAGCAGCAGCCGUCCCUCUACCUGUACAGUCCGGGCGAGCUGGAGUUCGCUGACGUCAUCGUGAAGCAAGCCGGAGACAACCUCACGCUGAUCUGCGAGCUGAAGGGCGAGACCGCGCCCGCUUAUUAUUGGAACUAUUUGUCGUUCAACAAUACUGUUAUGGACAAGCCGUACACCAUAACCUCGAACAGCACCGGCAGCCAGCUGGUGAAGCUGGAGCUGAGUCCGCGCGACAGCGGCCGCGUCGUCUGCUCCGCGCCGCCCGCCAGCCGCGCCAAGCACGUGCUGGUGCAGCCGCCGCACGCGGGCGCUAGCACGUGCGCGCACGGAGCAUUCGCGUGCGGCGCGCGCUGCGUGCUCGCCAUGUAUGUUUGUGACGGGCGCCGCGACUGCGCGCACGGCGAGGACGAGGCGCCCGUGCUGUGCGGCGAGCAGCCGUGUGCGCGCUCGGAGCGCCUGAACUGUUCGAGCGGGCGCUGCAUCCCGGCGGCGGCGUGUUGCCGCGCGCCGUCCGCGCUGUGCCGCCAGCCCUCCUGCUGCGACGAGCACCCACGGUUCCACGGUGCAGUGUUCGACCUGGAGCCGCCGUCGCUGUACGACGACCGGCACGCGUCCGACGACUACGGCUUCAUACAGUCCACCAUCUACACCGUCACCGCGUGCGCGUUAAUCUUCAUGAUAGCAGUUGUGUUACUGGUAUCCGCCGUCUGCAAGAUGCACAUGAAGCGAGCCGCGUUGCGAAGCUAUGCUCGCGCCGACCGGCUGGCCAGGGAACACGCGAUUGCACAGCGACACCGCUUCCCGCCAUGCUACGAUGCGGGGCUGCUAGAACGCUCACCGCUGCCGAGCCCUCAGCAUCGAGAUACGCAGUGCGGGCUGUCGACGCGGUCUGCGAGCCCGACCAACAGCGAGCGGCGGCCGCGACUGGCCGCCCUCACGUCCGUAUUCACUUCCCGGUACAGGCAGGUCCCAACCCAGUGCACGGAAGUAGAGAUGACGGCGGUCACGUCAACAGCCACCAGUUCACCUUCCCGCUUAGAAUACCGCAGCCCGGCCGGCGGCCCGCCGUGCGAGGGCGCGCCGCAUCUCAAUGCAUCUCAUGAGCAUCCAGAUAGGCACAGACUCACGCUCCAACUAGGGCGGUUCCAACUCAGCAUCCCGCGGUUCGGGCGGGCCGAAACGCGGCCGGACACGCCGAAUGUGGCCGAAAUCAACAUAGAUGACUUGGACUUCGUUCGGCUCAACGCUAGCGACACCUAUACGCUUAACGGACGGACGAUUAGAUUGUUGGGCGCUGAUUUUCAAGAUUACCCGACUGCCGCUCGGCCUCCGCCUUAUAAUGAGGCUAUGAGGUACAAGCUAUACGGGCCGCCUCCAGAAUAUUUAAGCAGAGAUCGACUGCACAGAACCAACAGCGUCGAUGAAGAAGCCAGAAGCAACGUCGAAAUGCCGCCGGGCUACGACGAGCUCAGCACAAGCAAUAACGGUAUUUCCAGUAACGGUAAUAACGGUAUUUCCAAUACCGGCAAUAACGGUAUUUCCGACAGAAUAGUUAUAGACGCGGACGUCGCAGCGAGUAACGUUAUAGGUAUUUUGGACGUCGCUACCGGAGGCCCGGUGCGUUUGAUCGGCGAAUCCAGCAACAAUAACGUAUUCGAUACCGUUAUCGAUAAUAACGACGGCAAUAACGCGGGCAACGUUAUGAGUUUGAGUAAUAGCAGCAGUGUCAACAUGUCGCCUAUUGAAGAAAAUGCAACUUGUAUUGCUUCAAGGAUAAAUUUAAAUAAUAACACAAGUGACAGGAGUGAUUCAGAAUCAAAACUCAACGAUAACGAUACCAGUAACGGCAGGUACGUUACCGGUAACGGUACGGAGUUAACGGAGAGUAACGGGAAUGAAACGGUAGAAACGUUGAAGUCGGUCAUCGACAAUUUGCCGGCGAUCGAUUGUGACGUCAACGCCAACGAUAGCUCCGAAGGAGUCGCUUGUUGAAUGCGCUUCUUAGUGGCGUGGCUUGGGUAUUAUUUAAAAAGAAUAUUUAUUUUCCACGAAGUACUUUUAUAGUUCGCGCAGUGAAAAUUGAGGCUAUCAACAUUGGCAAAGAUUCGUUUGUGUUUAUGAAUCUGUAUACGCUGACGUCUGCAUAGUCUGACCGACAAGUGUUUUCUGUCUCGCUCGCACAAAUAUAGCAAGAGCGAGAUAGAACAUUCGAUAUUUGAUACGUCAGUGUGAGUAGCAGUGUUCGCCUCAACUUUUGUUACGCGAGCUAUACUUGGCUUUUGAUAUACCAACCACCAUCCAUACUAUGCAUGGUGGUUGGCCGAGUUUAAAUCCUGCUUGGGACAAAAGAUAUUGCUAUAGGUUUAGAAGGGGUAUGACCCUAGCCACGUUCCUCAGUCUACAGCUUAUUAUUUUAGGAGGGUUUCACAAAAAAGUUUGACAACCACUGGUGUAAAACACCAUACAAACUUAUGGCUUCUUACCCAAGCACACGGUACGAAGAAUGGCGAAAAGUUGAUUGUAGUGCCUUACACAAACUAUUUAACUAAUCGUAUCUUUAAAAGAACAUAAUGGAAUGCUAUUUUGUACAAAUCGUGCAUGCUACAAAGAUAAUUUUGUGAUACCUUUUCACUCCUACAAUAGGUAUGAUUUUCGGUAAUGAAAUAUAAAUACUAUUUAGUCCGUCAGACAGACGUCUGACAUCACAAAAUUCUAGACAAUAGUGACGUCACGCGACAUUUCAACUCGAUGUGGCACUGUAAUUAUUUGGAUAAGAUAAAAAUGAAAAUUAUGUCCAAUGUUUUCUUAUUAACUGUCUGACGGACAAAG